AUGGCCUUACAUUGCUACACACCUCUGCUGAAGCCCCAACUGGCCCAAGUCUCGGUCAACCCUUCCAUUAACACGAUACAGAUUCCAGAGUCAGUGCUCCGUCCCUCUGCUAAAGCCCUAACUGGCCCAUGUCUCGGCCAGCCCUUCUCUAAAUCGAUGCAGAUUGCAGGUUAUGGAACUGCACUUGCAAUGGUAGCAGGAACGACCUUGCUUGGGCGACCUUCUCUGUUAUGA